GUGAGUGAGACAGAGAGAGGGAGAAAGAGAGACAGAGAGAGAGAGAGAAAAGGGGAACGUCUACAGACAGUCAGUCAGAACAGAAGAACCGGCUACCAGAGAGAGACUCCCAGACAAGCAGCACACUGGCGGUUCUGUGCGAUUUUUGCCCCGGAAUACGGCAGCUCGGAGACCCGCCGUCGGCACCCAUGUCCGAUCCCACCGAUGCCGAUGCCGCCGUCGCUGAUUCCGCUGCCCGGCUCCGGUCCAGGAGAGCGGGCAUCCGGGCCACCGUGGCGCUCAUCGGACUCCUGCACCAGUCCCGCAGCAAGCAGCGCGACAGAGACAGGCAGAGCCAGAGGAGGCUGAGUGUGAGGGAACCCGGGGACCAGACUUGGAAACAGGAGUUGCUGACUAUCUCCAAUGUUCCCCUGGCGGACUGCCCCCCCUCCCCGCCCCGAACGGCUCCACCCACCAUGAAGUCCGGCCAGUUCUUCGAGGCGCUGGAUAAAAUGGAGCAGGUCUCUGAGGUGGAAGAGAUGAAGACAGGUCCCCAGAGACUGAAGGACGACUACAUCCCGUACCCAGGGAUUGAAGAGGUACUUCAGCGGGGGGAGCCCUAUCCCCAGGUCAUCCUCCCCCAGUUCGGGGGCUACUGGAUAGAGGAGACGGAGGAGCCCAGCGCUGCACUCCCUUCCACUGAGGAGGCUGCAGGCACCAGUAGCAGCACCGGGCAGGAAGCCAGUGCCAGCGCCAGCAACGGGCAGGACGGAGACGGCACGGGUCCUGAGGAGGGAUUUGGUUACCGGCUAGAGAGGAACAGCGCCGCACGGGCCUAUCGCAAGCACUUCCUUGGCAGGGAGCAUCUCAAUUUCUACUGCACAGCCAGCAGCCAUGGCAACCUCAUCAUCUCCAUGAGGCACGAGGAAACAGGCGACCAGGAAUUCCUGCACGUCAUCCUCAGGUGUCAAUCGAAGACGGUCUAUGACAGGAUAUCUCUGGCCGGGAUCACGGAGAUGCCCAGCAUUGCUCAGCUAGCAAAGCUCCUAUGUGAGGAUAUCACCAACCUAAAGCUUAAUCCAGUGUUGUACCCAAAGGGCUCCCAAUUGAUAGUCAGCUAUGAUGAGCAUGAAGUGAACAACACUUUCAAGUUUGGUGUUGUGUACCAGAGAUUCAAGCAGACGUCUGAGGAGGAGCUGUUUAGGAACACAGAGGAGACGCCGGCCUUCACAGAGUUCCUCAGUGUGCUGGGAGACUGCGUAGACCUGCAGGACUUUAAAGGGUUUCGCGGAGGCCUUGACGUCUCUCACGGGCAGACGGGUACGCAGUCGGUCUACACGAUGUUCCGGGAGCAGGAGCUCAUGUUUCACGUGUCCACCAAGCUCCCGUACACAGAGGGAGACACGCAGCAGUUGCAGAGGAAGAGGCAUAUAGGAAAUGACAUCGUGGCGGUGGUGUUCCAGGAAGAGGCCACCCCGUUUGUGCCUGACAUGAUUGCAUCUAACUUCCUCCAUGCCUACAUCAUUGUGCAAGUGGAGAACCCCUGCACAGACGACACCACCUAUAAGGUGUCGGUAACAGCUCGUGAAGAUGUCCCGUCAUUUGGUCCGCCACUGCCAAAUCCUGCCGUCUUUAAGAAGGGCCCAGAAUUCCGUGAGUUCCUGCUGACAAAGCUGAUCAACGCUGAGAACGCCUGCUACAAGUCGGAGCGCUUCGCCAGACUGGAGGAGAGGACGCGUGCUGCACUGCUGGAUCACCUCCAUGACGAGCUGCACAGGCAGACGCAGGUGAUGCUGGGACUCCCUCUCAGCUCAGAGGAGGACAAGAUGGAGAACGGCGGACACAGCGGACUCAUCGAGUCCAUUAAGCGCGCCAUGCGGGUGAGGAGUCACUCCAUGGACACCAUGUCGGGCUCGCAGUCGCACAAGAACAACCGGCACUCCAUGGUGGGGGGCGGGGUGCCCACUAGCCUGAGCGGCGGGGGGCUGACGCACGCGGGGGCGGACGGUGGCAAGACUGGCCAUGUGUCUCAGGGUUCGUCAGGUCCAAAGUCUCCGCUGAAGAGUCCAGUGAAGCGUCGCUCGGGGCUCUUCCCUCGGCUGCACACCAGCGUAGACGGCCAGACGGAGCGCCAGUCACGCAGUGACCAAAGGAACUCGGAUAGCAUGCAGCCAUCACAGGAAGUGAGGUCAGAAACCUCGUCCAAUCCUAGCUCUCCAGAGAUCUGCCUGAGCAAAGACAAGACCUUUGCGAAGGUGAAGGACAGCAAUGGGAAGGUCAACAUCUCAAGGUCAUCCUCCAGCACCAGCAGCUUCAGCAGUGCAGCCGGGGACGCGGACACGAUAGAGGAGGCAGACACAAACAAUCCAGUGUCACCAAGUUACCCUCCAGUGUACAGCCCCAAUCUCAACGUAGAAGGUCAAAGUUCAGGGACGCCAGUCAUUAUGUGCCGGAGCCCAACAGAUUUCAACAAAAAGACAUCACCAAGAUCCAAUCUGAAAUUCCGCUUUGACAAGCUGAGCCAUUCCACAGCAGUAAGGCCACUGAGAUAACUUGGUAACUGCAGAACGAAGGUAUUUUGAAGCUUGAAGCAGCAAUGCGAUGUGAAGCGAUGUGAAGCAAAACUAUGUGCACCUCCAGGAGAAGCUCAGGGGGAUACCAGUGGAGACCACGAAGACGCACACGGGCAGAGAGUGGGAGCAGAGGAGGAGAGGAGGAGGAGGGGAAAGGGGACAUAUAUAAUAGCACUCUUAAUUGGGGACCUCAACAUAUAGUACAUCCUAAAAAUGUAUUCUAAACAUACAUAAACAAACACACACCACAAACAGACACGCAGACACACGUGCGCGCGCGCACACACACACACACACACACACACACACACACACACACACACACACACACAC